ACAUGAAGGUCAUCACUUGUGAAAUAGCGUGGCAUAAUAAGGAGCCUGUGUACAGCUUAGACUUCCAACAUGGAGCUGAUGGGAAGAUCAAUCGACUGGCCUCAGCAGGUGUGGACACAGCUGUUCGGAUCUGGAAAGUGGAAAAAGGACCAGAUGGAAAAGCAAUUGUGGAAUUUUUCUCCAACCUCGCCCGCCAUACCAAAGCAGUAAAUGUUGUGCGCUUCUCUCCAAGUGGUGAGAUCCUAGCAUCUGGAGGAGAUGAUGCAGUUAUUUUAUUGUGGAAGCUGAAUGACAGCAAAGAAUUGGAACCGUUAGUUUUUCAGGAUGAAGAUGAAGCUCAGCUCAACAAGGAGAACUGGACAGUCGUUAAAACUCUAAGAGGCCACUUAGAAGAUGUCUAUGAUAUUUGUUGGACCUCAGAUGGAAAUUACAUGGCAUCUGCUUCUGUAGAUAACACAGCUAUAAUGUGGGAUGUCAAUAAAGGACAGAAGGUUUCAAUAUUAAACGAACACAAGAGUUACGUCCAAGGAAUAACCUGGGAUCCUCUGGGCCAGUACAUUGCAACUCUGAGUUGUGAUAGGAUCCUACGUGUAUACAACACGCAAACCAAGCGUGUAGCGUUCAAUGUUACCAAAAUGCCAUCUGGAUCAGGAGCUGAAGGAGAGGCUAGGAGCUAUCGGAUGUUUCAUGAUGACAGCAUGAAGUCGUUUUUCCGCAGACUCAGUUUUACUCCUGAUGGCUCCUAUUUACUGACUCCAGCUGGCUGUGUUGAAUCAGGAGAAAACGUAACAAACACAACGUAUGUUUUCUCCAGAAACAAUCUUAAAAGGCCUGUGGGUCACCUACCAUGUCCUGGAAAGGCAACUCUUGCUGUUCGCUGCUGCCCAGUCUACUUUGAGUCAAGACGAGCACUUAAUAAAGACGAAAUCAGUCAGAAAUCAUCUCCUGCUCUAUUUAAUCUGCCCUAUCGAUUGGUGUUUGCUGUUGCUUCAGAAGAUUCUGUGCUUUUUUAUGAUACUGAGCAGUCCUUCCCCUUCGGUUAUGUUUCUAACAUACAUUAUCACACCCUGAGUGACGUUUCAUGGUCCAGCGAUGGAGCCUUUCUUGCUAUUUCUUCCACCGAUGGCUACUGUUCAUUUGUUACCUUUGAGAAGGAUGAACUGGGAAUGCCACUCAAGGAGAAGCCACAGAUAAAUGUCAGGACUUCUGGUGCAAUGGAGAAGAAAGUGAAAAAGAGCCAGUUGCACAAAGUCAUUUCCCCAGCCUCUAGGCUGGCGGAGGGGACUCCUCCCAGCACUCCUGCCCUCCAACCUAGAACACCCACAGCUGCAAGUAAGGACUUGGCUUCCACACCUGUUGGCAUAAAAAAUGUUCCAGUCUCAUCCUCAGAUGAGAGGAAAAUCAGCCAGCCAGCCAGCCAGUGCACUAAAGUAAACCAGCCCAGGAGGAUUACUUUCAACACUUUACAAGCAUGGAGCAAGACGCCAAGGAGAGUAAACUUGAUUCCACUGAAGCCAGAUACACCAACCUCUCCAUAUACAGAUACAGUUCCUAUACCUCCUUCCUCAGAACAGGAACAUGUUUCAGAGAGGCCGUUACCAUCUGAUGACAGUCUUCAAAAUCCUCCAGCAUCAAAACGUCCUAGAACUGAGGAAAUGUCUCUUUCUACAUCUGCUGAAUAUCAAAUCAGCUGUGAUUCAAAGGCUAAGCUUUUAGUAGACUCUUCACAGUCUGAAGGUGAUGCAGCCGUAUGAGUGCAUUUCUUUCUGCAAAUGUUAAAUCCUCAAUUCCUGAUUGAAGUACCAUAUGCAUAUUUGAUGUAGUGCUAUGAAGAAAGAAACUGGCAGUAGAAGACACAGAUUUCAGGAAUGUAGCUUUGCAGAAGAGGAAAUAGCUGUGAAGUGACUUCUAAGUGCAUUUCUACUUCUUAAAGACCACAUUCUUCAAGAAAUGCCAUAGCUGAAGGAAUCAGUGAAGUCUGGGUAUUGAACAGCCAUACAGUAACAUAAGAGUUUCCAUCAGAAUCCCGAAGUUGUUUAUAAAGUAUUAAGGUCUUCAAGUAACCUGGCUGGCAAGUUCUCAGAAUAGACUUUCUAAGGACUUAAAACACAUUCAUAAUGAUUUGAUGAGGUUUAAGACCAAA